CAAUCCAUCCCUUGGUUGACUACCUUGUUCCCUACCACUAAGCACUCCUCCUCCUCGUUUCCUCAUGGCCACGGUACACCAGAGCAACGGCCACGGUGAGGCCGCCGCCACGAACGGCAAGAGCAACGGGCACGCCGCCGCGAACGGCAAGAGCAACGGCCACGGUGAGGCCGCCGCCGCGAACGGCAGGAGCAACGGGCACGCCGCCGCGAACGGCAAGAGCAACGGCCACGGUGAGGCCGCCGCCGCGAACGGCAGGAGCAACGGGCACGCCGCCGCGAACGGCAAGAGCAACGGCCACGGUGAGGCCGCCGCCGCGAACGGCAAGAGCAACGGGCACGCUGCGGCGGCGGCGGCGGAUUGGAAUUUCGCGGGGGGCAAGGACGGCAUCCUGGCGACGACGGGGGCCAAGAACAGCAUCCGGGCGAUACGGUACAAGAUCAGCGCGAGCGUGGAGGAGAGCGGGCCGCGGCCCGUGCUGCCGCUGGCCCACGGGGACCCGUCCGUGUUCCCGGCCUUCCGCACGGCCGUCGAGGCCGAGGACGCCGUCGCUGCCGCGCUGCGCACCGGGCAGUUCAGCUGCUACGCCGCCGGCGUCGGCCUGCCCGCCGCACGAAGCGCUGUAGCAGAGCACUUGUCACAGGGCGUGCCCUACAAGCUAUCGGCCGACGACAUCUUCCUCACCGCCGGUGGAACCCAAGCAAUCGAAGUCAUAAUCCCGGUCCUGGCCCAAACUGCCGGCGCCAACAUACUGCUCCCCAGGCCAGGCUAUCCGAAUUACGAGGCGCGCGCGGCGUUCAACAAGCUGGAGGUUCGGCAUUUCGAUCUUAUCCCCGAGAAGGGCUGGGAGAUCGACGUCGACUCGCUGGAAUCCAUUGCUGACAAGAACACAACGGCGAUGCUCAUAAUAAACCCAAACAAUCCGUGCGGCAGUGUUUACUCCUACGAGCAUUUGGCCAAGGUCGCGGAGGUGGCAAGAAAGCUCGGAAUAUUGGUGAUUGCUGAUGAGGUGUACGGCAAGCUGGUUCUGGGCAACGCCCCAUUUAUCCCCAUGGGUGUCUUCGGGCACAUUGCCCCUGUCUUGUCCAUAGGAUCUCUGUCCAAGUCGUGGAUAGUGCCUGGAUGGCGACUUGGAUGGGUGGCGGUGUACGACCCCACAAAGAUUUUAGAGGAAACCAAGAUCUCUACAUCUAUUACGAAUUACCUUAACGUCUCAACGGACCCAGCAACCUUCGUUCAGGCAGCUCUUCCUCAAAUUCUUGAGAACACAAAAGAAGAUUUCUUUAAGAGGAUUAUUGGUCUACUAAGGGAAUCAUCAGAGAUAUGUUAUAGAGAAAUAAAGGAAAACAAAUACAUUACAUGUCCUCACAAGCCAGAAGGAUCAAUGUUUGUAAUGGUGAAACUAAACUUACAUCUUUUGGAGGAGAUCCAUGACGACAUUGAUUUUUGCUGCAAGCUUGCAAAGGAAGAAUCGGUAAUUUUAUGUCCAGGGAGUGUUCUGGGAAUGGAAAAUUGGGUUCGCAUUACUUUUGCUUGUGUUCCAUCUUCCCUUCAAGAUGGUCUUGAAAGGAUCAAAUCAUUCUGUCAAAGGAACAAGAAGAAGAAUUCGAUAAAUGGUUGUUAGUUGUACACACCUUUAGUUGUACAUCUGGCUAAAGGUGUAAAUCAUUUCGAGUUAUCGUUAUCCAUAUAUUUGAAUAAAACAUCUUGUAAUGGUGUUGUUGUAGCUGUCCAAUUCAUGUACCUACUUUUUUUAUGUAUUUGGCUUCGUUGCCUUGCAUCAAUUUUAAUAAAGAUAGUUGUGUGCAUCA